ACCUUUUGGGUGCUAGACCACCAACACACAAGUGCUGUAGACAGAGGCGUAUUUUUUAUUUUUUUUAGGCGUCGUUUUGCUUCCUUCUUCAUGGUGCGGAUGAACGGAUCAUCUCAUUGUCAACCAAAGAGGAGUUGGACGACGCCAGGACACUGACAUAUGAGGCUGAUGUAUGUUGGCCAGGGAGGAGACUUAAUUCCUCAGGAGACGAGUAGCACCUCCACCUCCACAAGAGUCCCUUCAUCUUGCAUCCAGGGGCAUGCCUCCUGAACCUGGCCACAGCAGGGACAUGCUGACAGGACAUAGACUCUGCCAAUCCAAAUCCCAUCAGGACUCCGUCCUGGCUGCUCUCAACCAGCAGAGGAAAGAUGGACUUCUGUGUGAUGUCACCCUGGUGGCCGGGGAGCAAAAGUUCCAUGCUCACAAAGCCAUUCUGGCAGCAUGCAGUGAUUAUUUCCGGGCUAUGUUCAGCUUGUGCAUGGUGGAGAGUGUGGCAGAUGAAGUGACCCUGCAAGGAGUGACCAGUGUUGGACUGAAGCACGCCUUGGACUUUGCCUACACUGGACAGAUUGUGCUGGACCCAGCAGUGAUCCAGGAUGUUUUGUCUGCUGGGAGCCACCUUCAGCUGCUGGAGCUGCUCAGCAUCUGCUCCCACUACCUCAUCCAGGAAAUGAGCAGUGCCAACUACUUGGAGCUCUACCGUGUUGCCGACCUCUUCCACCUGCCUUCCUUGGAGGAGGCUGUGGUGGACUUCUUGGUGGGUCACCUUUCAGAGCUGAGCCAGACUCGGAAGGAGGAGGCCCUGCAGCUACCGUUUCGCCUUUUCAUGGAAGUACUCAAGAGUGACCAUCUCACCUCGCUGAGUGAAGAAGAGAUAUGGAAGUUUGUUGUCAUGUGGUUGGAACAUGACUGCCGCUACCAGCACACUGAAGAUCUUCUGCCACAUGUCCGCUACGGCCUGAUGGACGUCUCAACCCUGCAUCACCUAGCCUGUAGCCACCCUCUGGUGCAGUCCAGCUCCACUGUUGCCGCUCUAGUCGAUGAAGCCCUGGAUUAUCACCACGCCAAAUUUGCACAGCCUCUUAACCAGUCAGCCCGUACCAGGCCUCGCUUCCAGUCCCUCACCCUCUACAUUGCUGGCGGAAGAAAGCGGGAGGUGUGCAGAGUCCGGGAGCUGCGUUACUUCAAUCCAACUGCACAGGAGCACAUACGUGUGGCGGGAGCAUCGAACUGGAGCGAGUUGGCACCCAUGCCCACUGGGCGCAGCCACCAUUGUGUGGCUGUAAUGGGGAACUUCCUCUUUGUUGUAGGUGGGGAGAUGGAACACAGCAGUGGGAGGACAUGUGCAGUUCGGACUGGUUGUCGAUAUGACCCAAGGGCAAACCGCUGGACUGAGAUAGCCUCCAUGAAGGCCUGCAGAGAACACUUUGUACUCGGCGCUUUGGGUCAGUACUUGUAUGCUGUAGGCGGCAGGAAUGAACUGAGGCAGGUCCUGCCCUCAGUAGAGCGCUACUGUCCUAAGAAGAAUAAGUGGAUGUAUAUGCAACCCUUCGACCGCUCGCUUUCAUGCCACGCAGGCUGUGUUGCUGAAAACCUCCUCUGGGUCUCAGGUGGGGUGACAAACACAGCUCAGUACCAGAAUCGCCUUAUGGUAUACGAGCCAGAACAGGACCAGUGGUUAGCGCGCAAUCCCAUGUUGCAGAGGCGGGUGUACCACGUCAUGGCAGCGGUGAGAAGGAAGCUUUACGUGCUUGGGGGGAACGACCUGGACUACAAUAACGACCGCAUUCUGGUGCGCCACAUCGACUCUUACAACCUGGAUGUGGACCAGUGGACACGUUGCUCCUUCAGCCUACUCACAGGUCAAAAUGAGUCUGGAGUGGCAGUCCAUGAUGACAGGAUCUAUGUGGUUGGAGGGUACUCUAUUUGGACCAAUGAGCCUCUGGCAUGCAUUCAGGUGCUGGAUUUGAGUCGAGAGGGAAAAGAGGAAGUUUUCUAUGGACCAACAUUACCAUUUGCCUCAAAUGGGAUUGCAACUUGUUUCCUCCCAGCUCCAUAUUUCACAUCCCCCAACCUUCAGACACUCCAAGUGCCCCAUCACAGGAUUGGUGCCGUUUAAACCACUGGUCAAGGAUCCAAAUAGGAUUGAGGUACAGCUUUUCCUUGGACAGUCAAUAUUUGCAAAUGUGAUUUGGAAAUAAAGAUAGUGACAGUAUUUCUGUUACAAAGACCAACUCUCCUGAUGUGCUGCUCUCCCUCUCUGAAACCGAUUGUUUCCCUAAAAUGCAAACCAGCCAUCUUGGUGUCUAGUAAUUACACACAAAAAGACAAAAAACAGACACUACGCAGGCACUAAAUGCAAACCCUGGAGAAUAAUUAUUCAUUAUGUAAUGUUGAUUAAACCUGAGCAGCAAGCGGUUUUUCCAAAACUUGAAUAGAAAACAGAGACAAUGUACGUUAUCAAGUUCAAGACCCAAUACUUUAACAAUAUUGUUAAACUAUAUGCUCAGUAUUCUCAGUAUGUAAAUGCAUAGAUACAAGUGAACAAGUGUUGGUACCCCACUCUGUUUAUGGAGGAAAACCCCACACUGGUCGCAGAAAAUAUUUAAAUGUGACAAAAAGUAAUUAAAAAAAAAUCAUCAAACUCAAACAAUGAAAAUCAGACAAUGGUUUUGAAUUGUGGUUCAACAGAAAUAUAAAAAAAAAAAAAAAAACUGAUGGUGCCCUGAAUAUUUUGUUGCACAACCUUUUGAGGCAAUCACUGAAAGUUAAUAAUUUUUUUUAAAUAACUUUCAUAGAGACUUCUGCAGCACUCCAAGUAUUUUCCCCCCUCUGGAGCAAGUUGCUCCAGUUGUCUCAGGUUUGAAGGGUGCAUUCUCCAGAUGGCCUCUCUCAUCUCCUUCCACAGAUGUUAAGUAGGGCUCAUAUGUAGAAGGCCGUGUCAGAAUAGUCCAAUGUUUUGCUCUUAUUGGAGCAUCUUAUAGGUUUUGGGUCAUUAUCCUGACCUGUGACUGAGGCCAAGAUUUCUACCAGGAACCACAUUCAUCUCUAGAAUGCCUUGAUACUUUUCAGUUCAUUGUACUCUGCAGAUAUUCAAGACACCCUGCGCUAGAUGUAGCAAUGCACACCACAAGACCAUAACAGGGCCAUCUCCAUGUUUCACAGGAGGGACAGUGUUCUUUUCUUGGUAUGCUUCAAUUUUGUAGUGUGCCAAAUUCCCAGUCUGUCUUUUUUUCAUGGAGUAUUUAACAGUGGUGUCCUCCUUGGCUGUCUCCUAUGAAGUUCACUUCAGCUCAAACAAGGACAAAUGGAGCAAUCUGUGACUGAUGUACUGGACCUUGGAAUUGACCUUUAUAUUAUUUGGGAUUUUUUUCUUUUUUUUUUUACUGUUCAUAUUAUUGAUCACUUCAUUUUGUCAAUUUUCAUCUUCACAUCCAGGGAAGUUAGCUACUAAUUUCCCUUAUUUUUUAAAGUUAUUACUGCUUUUGCCAGAUUCUGUGACAACUGGGUUUUUCGUUCAUUAACAUAGGGUUGCCGACAAUUGUGUCCACGAGUAACUAUAUCAUGCUGAUUUUCAUGGCAGUAUGUCGGAACCAAAAUAUGUGCAAAUGCUGCAAUUCACUUGUCGAUCUUUGAACAAA